CCUCUCGCCAGCCUAACUCCAAAUGUGCUUCCAAAUGCACCAAACAUUGCACCAAAGCACCACAAGCCCAGACCCCGACAGCAAAUCAACUGCGCCCAGUUCCCUCUUCCCGACCCCAUUGACCUAGGCCGAUCUACCUUGCCUUUUUACUGCAAAGGUAUUGCGGCGCCCAGAGAAAACGACGGCCGGUAAACUGGAUCUGACCCGGUAAUACACACCGUACGCAUACGCCCAGCCUACCAGCCCCGGCAGCUUAGGUUGUGCUUGUGAAUCCCGCUGUGGAUUCCCAGAUUAAAUCAUGCCCCAAUCCUCCUCCUCGCCCUCCGACUCGACUUCCUCUUCACUUGUGCAUGUCCUGCUGCCUCCAGACCCUAGCCAAUCUCAAUCUCAUUCUCAACUUCAAUCUCAAUCUGCCUCUGUUUCCGUCUCAGCAGCUGCCAGUGCCGUGUCAUCUUCCCCCGACCCCAUUGACCACGACGACGCCCUCCCCUCCUCAUCCUCCUCCUCACACGACCACCACCACACUACUGAUACCACCAACCGUCGCCUCCUGAGCCCGUCACCUCUGCUCCUCCCACCACCUACCGCACCCUCGCCUGGACACGCGACCACCACGGAUAACACACCCACGAACCCGGAUGGUCCACGGCCACGAGACGUCGUUUCCGCUCAUACUGCCCACGCAUCGUUGCGCCAGGGCCCUUCUUCUUCCUCCCUCAACACCGCCGCUCGAGAGCGCUCUCCUCCCGUCGCCGCCGACGACGACGAGAUCGAAAUGGAGCCAUUGAAAGGAACCGGUCACCGCCGGCGCCGCAGCUCGCUCAUGCAAAGUGCCGGCGCUAGUAACCACCAAAGAGUCCCGUCAAGGAAUCAGGGAAACAUGCUGGAAGAGCCAAAGAUAUCGGAGGAGGAUCUCGGAGCAACACCAUCGGCAUCCAAGAACAUCGACGACGACAGCUUUUCCGACGAGGAUCUCCAUGAUGACGAGGAGACGGGUUUGACCAAGAAAGAUAAGAGGAGGAAGAAGCAAAAGAAGAGGAACAACACCCGGUUAGAUCAGCGCUUCGUCCGCGGCGAAAUCUCGGCCGAGGAGAAGAAGGAAGCAGAUCAAAACGUCUUUAGGAAAUCCGCCGUCAACGUCGCCCUGAUCUUGCUGUGGUACUUCUUUUCUCUCAGCAUCUCACUGUAUAACAAGUGGAUGUUUGACGAGAACCGCCUCAACUUUGCUUUCCCUCUUUUCACGACGGCCUGCCAUAUGUUGGUACAAUUCGGACUCGCAUCAUCAGUGCUAUUCUUAAUACCCUCCCUGCGCCCGUCCAAUGGAGUGCGCAAUUCGGAUCUGGGCCGCUCGAGGCACGAAUCCGAGCCCGACCGACCUCUCAUGACCAAGAUGUUCUAUCUGACACGCAUUGGGCCGUGUGGUGCCGCAACGGGUCUCGAUAUUGGACUCGGAAACACCUCGCUCAAGUUUAUCACCCUCACAUUCUACACCAUGUGUAAAUCGUCUUCCCUAGCGUUCGUUUUGAUCUUCGCCUUCUUGUUCAGACUCGAGAAGCCCACAUGGCGCCUCGUGGCUAUCAUUGCGACAAUGACUGCGGGUGUCGUUCUGAUGGUGUCGGGAGAAGUCGAGUUCAAGGUCAGCGGGUUCAUUCUCGUCAUCUCUGCGGCCUUCUUCUCUGGUUUCAGAUGGGGCCUGACGCAGAUCCUGCUCCUGCGCAACCCGGCAACGUCAAACCCCUUCUCCAGCAUCUUCUUCCUGGCACCCGUUAUGUUCCUGACGUUGAUCGUUAUCGCCAUCCCCGUCGAGGGUUUCCCCGCCCUCAUCGAGGGCCUGAAAGUCCUCGUCGCCGAAUGGGGCGCCAUCACGACGCCGCUGUUCCUGCUCUUCCCCGGAUGUAUCGCCUUCCUCAUGACAGCUUCGGAAUUCGCUCUGCUGCAGCGUACCUCCGUCGUGACGCUCUCCAUCGCCGGUAUCUUCAAGGAGGUCGUGACAAUUUCCGCCGCCGCCAUCGUCUUCAACGACCGCCUCACGCCCGUCAACUUUGUCGGUCUCGUCACCACCAUGGGCGCCAUCGUCGCGUACAACUACAUCAAGAUCACUCAGAUGCGCGAGGACGCCCAGAAGGAGGUUCAGCGCGGCCACAUGGAGGUUGCGCACGCCUCGGGCACCUCCUCGAGCGGAAGCGACAACGACGACGGCAGCGGAGAGGAGGCGGGCCUGCUGAGGAACAGCACCGAUUACGAGGACAACCUCGUCACUGCCGACGGCGAUAUUCUGCCAAACCCGGGACACACCGCGCACGAGUCGAGGACGGCCCAGGCCCACCGCGACAACUAGACAGUCGUGUCUUUUUUUCUUUCUUUUCGUUUUUUAUAUAUCCAGGUGAAAGAGAAGGGCAGAAAGAGAAAGAGCCACAAACUGUAUAUUUUUUUGGGAAGAGGCAUACAGCAUAUCUCGCCGAUUUUUGGCAAGACAUAGGGCAGGCACAGGAGUUACUUUCAAAGCGAAACAUUUCCGGGAAAGGGGACACCUAACCCAGGAUGAAAUUGGUAAAAAACAUGGUACAUACUUGUUGGGUUUUGUUUCAUCCCCCGUGAGGAUAUAAGGAGGGAGAGAGAACUCCCCCCUGAAGGGAAGAAGAGGUGGAUAUACCAAUUGGCGAGAGAUGAUCCAAGGG